AUGACGGUGCACGACUACUGCCCCAAACUGAAGUCCCUGGCCGAUGUGCCCUUCCCCAGCUUUCUCCAGACACGGUCAGCGCUCGUGCUCGAGGAAGCACAGAAGAAGACGGACGCUAAGAACGCUGCGGCCACCGCCUUAUGGUCCAGCGGCAACAACGUCAUGCCUAAUGGAGGUGGUGGCCCUCCCUUGAACGGGGGUGGUCAAGGCACCUCUGACCCACGCCCUCCUGCGCCUCCUCAUGGACAUGUCUUCAACCACGGUCAAGCGCAGGUCUUCAAAAACGGCGGCCGCGGCGGCUUCAACAACACUCGAGGCCGUGGCCGUGGCGAACGUGGGCGUGGACGCACCGAUCCCUGGAUGUUCAAUCCGUGGACUGGGCUCCCGACCCGCGCCCAAUUCCAGCAGCAGCCUCCACCUGCACCAUGGCAGCCAUGCCCGUGGCGCGCACCAGGCGUUCUGGGACCCCGCCCCGGCAUGCCUCAGGCAUACACUGCAUAUGGCACCUUCCAGCAGUACCAAGGCCACCCUUCCGCUGCUCCAUCACCAGCUCAGCACCAGCCACCGCAGCACGUCGACCCAGCGCUACUGACGGUCCUCAGCAACAUGCACCUACCUGGGAAUCAGGAGUGGCACAUGGACACCGGAGCCUCCUCCUACAUGGCAUCUGAUUAUGCCUCGCUGGCGCUCUCCAGUAUGCCACACUAA